GCGUCGGCCCGCACCGCUCUCCGCUCCGCUCCCGCCCGCUCCGCCGGGCCCCGCUGGCCGCGGAGAUGGGCGACAUGGAGUCCUACAAGGUGAUGCUGAAUGGGCCGGCACCCUGGGGCUUCAGGCUGCAGGGAGGGAAGGAUUUCAGCAUGCCGCUCUCCAUCUCCAGGCUGACUCUGGGUGGGAAGGCAGCCCAGGCCGGCGUGGGAGUGGGCGACUGGGUGCUGUACAUCGACGGGGAGAGCACCAGUGCCAUGACACACAUCGAGGCCCAGAACAGGAUCCGUGCCUGUGGGGACAGGCUCUGCCUCACCUUGAGCAGAGCCCAGAACCAGCUGGGGAAGCCGCAGAAGGUGCUGAGCCUUGACAAGUCACCUCUGGAGCCGCCCAGCACCCCCGGGUGUGACCCUGGGAAGUUGAGGAUGUUGGAGGAUGCUGAGGACUGGCAGCCCCGCACCGGCACCUCCCAGUCCCGCUCCUUCCGCAGACUGGCCCAGCUGACGGGCACAGAUGGCAUGGAUGAUGGUGAGGAUGAGCCCGUUAAAAAGCCCAGCCAGGUCUCCGUGCCGGACCCGUCCCCAGGAGCAACGAUGAAGACUGAGCCAGGACUGGCCCCCAGGACCCCCAGUGCCACCCCCAGCCCCACCAGCCGCCCGCCCUGGGCUGUGGACCCCUCGUUUGCCGAGCGCUACGCCCCGGACAAGACGAGCACGGUGGUGAGCAAGCACAGCCAGCCAGCCACGCCCACCCCCAUGCAGAACCGCAGCUCCAUCGUGCAGGCAGCCCAGCAGGCCCCCGAGGGGCCCGGCCGCACCCCCCUCUGCUACAAGUGCAACAAGGUCAUCAGGGGACGGUACCUCGUGGCGCUGGGACAUUAUUACCACCCCGAGGAGUUCAUCUGCUGCCAGUGCAGGAAGGUGCUGGAUGAGGGCGGCUUCUUUGAGGAGAAAGGCUCCAUCUUCUGCCCCAAGUGCUACGACACGCGCUACGCACCCACCUGCGCCAAGUGCAAGAAGAAGAUCACUGGGGAGGUGAUGCACGCACUGAAGAUGACCUGGCACGUGCAGUGCUUCACCUGCAACGCCUGCAAAACUCCCAUCCGCAACCGAGCCUUCUACAUGGAGGAGGGACAGCCCUACUGCGAGAGAGACUAUGAGAAGAUGUUUGGCACCAAGUGCCGCGGCUGCGACUUCAAGAUCGAUGCUGGGGACCGGUUCCUGGAGGCGCUGGGCUUCAGCUGGCACGACACUUGCUUUGUCUGUGCGAUCUGCCAGACCAACCUGGAAGGGAAGACGUUCUACUCCAAGAAGGACAAGCCUCUGUGCAAGAGCCACGCUUUCUCCCAUGUGUGAGGGGUGGGAAUCCAGCUGUGCCCACACAUGCCCCUGGCCCUGCAUGCUCCUCUCCCCCUGCCCUGCUGGCCCCAGGGAGCCAGGCUGGGCCCUUGGCCCUUUCCCUUGCUCCUGCCUCUUUCCUGGCAGCUCCUGGCUCAACUCCAGCCAGAUACAGUGCUGGAUCCAGAGCCUUUGAUAGCUGGGUGGCUUCUUAUAUGCUUCUCAACUGGCCCUAGGAGCCCUAGGAAUGGGAUGCUGCAUGGAUCUCCUGCCCCUGAGCCACCAGCAUAGUGGGCACAACCAUGCUGAGGCUGGAAUUGGAGAGGGUCUGCCACAGCUGGGCUGCUCCCUUGCUGCCUGGCAGCUCAGUGCUGGGGCAGAGACACUCCUUACACAUCCCUCCCUGUGUGGGUGAGGACCAGCUCCUGUCUCACUCUCCCCAGCCUUCCCUGCUGUGUGCCUGGGGCUGGAGACCCAGCCCUGCUCCCCUGCCUGGGCCCUGCCCAUGACAACCCACCAGGCACUCCUCAAACUGCUGCAGUGGCUUCCUGCCCCAGUUGCAUUCUGGGGCUGUCUGUCCCUCAUGCCCCCCACCCUGGUGGCAUCCCCUGGGGCUGGCAUCACCCCCAGCUGUGGGCUGGCAGCGUGUGCUGAUGGCCAGCCCAGCCAGGCGGCUGCUCCUGCAAGGCUUGGGCACAGCUUCCUGCCAAAGAGCUCUCUGCCACUGCCAUCCUGGGGCCACCGAUGCCUCUCCCCAAACCACACCCUCUGGUCGGGCUGCCCUGAUGUAGCCACGGUGCUUUUAGUGCCUUUAAUAAACACGUCUCUGCAAGUG